UAAAUUGCUCACGAUUCGUCGGGUUUAGUGGCGUGUGCGGUAUGUGCUCAUUUGUUUACGAAAUGAAUAGGGCGCACUUGUUUUGCACUUCUACUCUAAGUUGUACUUAGAAAUGACGUAGUAAGCUGUCUAAGUCACUACAGAUUUGAAAUAAAGUUAAUGCGCGACAAAACAUUUUGUAUUAGAUCCACGAACUCGACUAGCCUUAACGCCAACGAUGAAUACGCAGAAAUUGAACGAUUGCCCGACUUCUACUGAACGACGUAACGCAGUCUUUCCAGAAUAUUUGCAAUUUUGUUGUCGUUUCAUCUUAUUGCAACUACUUUGGAGAAAGGAGAUAAAAAUAAAAUACAUGUGACGAGGCGUGUUUUUUUAGUUGUCGUGUUAAACAAGUUCGCCACACGAUGUUUUUUUACUGUCACUAAUUUUUUUUCAUUCCAGAAAGUGAGAUUUUCCGUGUGAAUCGAUCUCAAAAGGUCUUUGAUAGGUUUCUCACCGUAAAACUUUUCAUUUCAAUUAGUAAAAUGGCCACAUACUAAGAAACAACUACAGUGUAUUAUGCAUUCAUAACUACUGCUCUUACACUUUUUCUCUUGUAAGAUGUUUUACAGUCGCAGAUGUUUACAGUGUCACUUUUAGACUGAAACAUUUCCUGCCCCAGUAAUAAAACAUAAUGCAUACAGAAACAUAACAGAUUAAAUAUUCACCUGUGCCAGAUUAACAUACUUUACAGGACAUGCAGGCGCCUUCUAGUUUGCUGAGUAACACAUUUGACACUGUGGUACUGCUUGUUUGUGUUCUUAGCAUACUAUUAGGUCAACAAUGCAAAUAAACCAUUGGUUGAUAUAGAUUAUAUAUGUUACAACCUAUGAACAAAAUUUAUGUACUCUUCCAUUUGAAAAUAAGCCCAUUGUUCAGUUAAUAAUUCAUCAUAAUAACGUUUGCAUGCAAGUCCGUGUGUUUUUUCAUGUGAUAACUGGACUGCCAAGUGCAAUGCUAUGUCUAGAAACUGGACCUUCAUUCAUACAUAUCUUGGUACUAUACAGUCAUUAUAUUUGUGUAAGAGUGAGUGUCUCCCUUCUGGUAAUUUUUAUGUUUCUAUGUAUAAUGAAAUGAUAGAGUAUUAUUAACUUUCUCAAAUAUUUAAAUUAAAAUUUCUUGUAGUGGCUUCCAGUUUAUUGUUUUAGUGAGCAGUAUUACCCUCAUUGUGCGUACUUAUAUGUCUGUGUUGUUCAGGUGCUGGUUUCAUGAAACAUUCCACCCUUUACAUUUUAUUCUGUGUUAAAUGCAUAACUAGCAAUAAAAUGUUGUCUCAGAUGUCUCAUCUGUAGAUCCUUUCUACUUGAUCUGUCAACCUAAUCCAUUUAUGUGACUGCCUACAUAACCAGUUGCUUGUUUUCUGAUUUUCUUGUUUGCCAUUUGUAUCCAUUCUGGGUGUAGUAUUCAAGUUAGGCCUCAUAAUUUUGAUGCUGGUACAGUGCUAGCCUUCUUUAGACAUGAAUUAUAUUUAUAAGCUUGUUUAAUGUGGAAAAUAUUUCAGUUUCUUUUUAAACAAAAUUCAUUUUGCUCUGUAGGAAUUUCUAAAAAAAUAUUCCUAAGCAAGCAGUAAAAAGAAUCCAGGAAUAAUUUGCCACAAACACAACUCCUAAAUUUACUUCGCAAACAGCUAACUCUGAAUAACUUUAUGCAUUUGUUGUCAGAGGGGUUUUGACUUGAUGAUUUGGAAAAUGUAUUUCUAGGUGUGUAACUGCAUUAUUAAUAAAUCUGAGGCAGAGUUGCUGACCAGCAAUUGUCGUCAUAAAGCAUAUUGAGUAGUACUGCUAAUGGGCACAUAUGAAAGUGACACACUACAUGGUUUUCACAACUGGCAGAGGUGAUGAAGGAAUGACAGGUUACUCUGAUCGCAGGACGAGACAGACCCAACUGUAAUGGAGACAGGGGUUCACCCCAAUAAAAAAGUAGUGGCAUUCUCAGUUGACCAUAAACAAAACAAAACUUGAAUAAAACAGAUAUUGCUUCCUUUAGGAAGAGAAAGAAAGACUAGCUAUAGUAUGUCCAACUACAUUAUUUUUUUGGAACAUAGACUGAUCUAUAGCAUAGUCUGAGGUAUAGGUUAGGUUGAAAGGUAACGAUUUGGUUCUGAUUUUGCAAAGACAAUGAAUAUGAAUACAAAAUCGUAAGGUUAGGUUGAAAGGGAACAACUUGGGUGUGAGCUGCUGAAGAAGUAUUUACGGCUUCAGUUAAUCCAAGAAUAGCAUAUCUGAGAAAACAGAAAGUGUUAACAUUAAAAAGAAAUUUGAAUGUUAGAAUGUCUUUUCUGAAUGUAUUUAUCUGGAAGGUAACCGUGCACAGAAGUGAAACAUGGCCAAUAUACAGCUCAGACAAUAAGAAAAUAGAAUCUUGUGAAAUGUGGUACAACAGAAGAAUGCUGAAGAUUGGAUGCGUAGAUCAUAUAACUAAAGAAAAUGUUCCGGAUCGAACUGGGAAGAGAAGAAUUUUAUGGCACAGCUUGAGUAAAAGAAGGGCUCUAUUGAUAGUACAUCUUCUGAGGUAUCAAGCAGUUGUGAUUUUGAUAAUGGAGAUAUGUCACAAAAUCUACAGCUUGUGAUAGACACAGAUGUAGGUCUAGAUGAUGCACUUGCUCUUAUGCUGUGCUUAGCAUCAGAGGCUUGGAAUGAAGCUAAAAUUCAUGGUGUAACAUGUGUACAUGGAAACACAUGCCUUGAAAACGUGUGUAGCAACACACUGAAGGUGCUACAUGCUGCAGGCCGCUUAGAUAUUCCAGUUUUUCGGGGGGCAAGUGAAUCUUUGGUGGAGAGUCCAGAAAGUAGAGCAGAAUUCUAUCAUGGCUGUGAUGGCUUUGGAGAUUUUCAAUAUCCUGAUGCCCCAGAUCCUGAUCAUCACAUACAGAAAGAUCAUGCUGUUAGUUUCCUGACCAAAAUUACCUCAGAAAGACCAAAUGAAAUCAGUCUUCUUUGUCUUGGACCUCUUACAAACAUAGCUCUUGCAAUCCAUAUGGAUCCACGCUUUUGUACCAAUGUUAAGGAAAUGGUAAUCAUGGGUGGCAACAUUGCUGGAGUUGGGAAUAUCACAGCUGCAGCUGAAUUCAACUUCCACUGUGAUCCUGAGGCAGCACAUGUUGUUCUUAAGAGUAUGAAGUGCCCUAUAACAAUUUUUCCAUGGGAAACAGCACUUACAAGAACUAAUAUUUCAUAUAGAUGGCGCAACGAUGUUUUGGGAAAAAUUCAGAGCCCUCAGAUGCAGCUUUUGAAUCAGGCAGAAGCAAAAGUAAUAGCCAGACACUACAAGGAUGGUUGGGUGCAGUGUGAUCCGGCUGCUGCUGCCAUCCUCAUGAGGCCUUCCAUUGCCUCAUCAAAAGUAACGCAUUAUGUGAUGGUAGAGUUACACGGACGGCAUACAAGAGGAGCAAUGGUUCUCGAUCAUAUCAAUUCACAAGGGAAAAAGCAUAAUGUGACUAUUAUAGAAAGCAUUGAUCUAAAUCUGUACAAGGAGCUACUUCUGACUGCUGCAAAAACUAACUUGAGCAGAAGUAAAAUACAAAAAGGACAGGGAGAAGAAACAUGAUUGUAUUUGUUACUUUUGUGUAAGUUAAUAUCAUACAAAAAUGUUAUGUAUCAGAAUUAAAAUUGUAAUUUUGAAUUUCAUAAAAGUAGCUUAGCAUGUUUUCAUAUAUUGUCCAUUAAGAUUUAUUUUCAAAACUUUGGCUUAUUAGUUUCUUAUUCAUUUCCCGUGAUGUUAACUGAAUGCCUGUCUUAAUCCUAUUACUCCUGCUAUUUCAUUUAUAAAAAAAGGUUCCUUGUGUCAUGCUAUCAUCACUAGAUGAUAAAUUUAAUUCUGCAGAAUGAAUCAGUAUAAUACUGAUAUAUUAUUGUUUGUAUUCAUGUUAAACAUAAUUAGUAUUAUCUCUGUUACAUUUCUCU